CUUUUUGUAAAUGAGCAUCCUAAACUAGGAGGAGAGCCUUUUAAGUGGGCCUUUACGUUUUUGUCCAGUUUUUGGCGUCCCAUGUUGAAAAUUGUCUUCUGAGAAGCAGUUUUAUUCGUUUUUGCUCCGCCUAGUCACCCGUAAAUCUACGCACAUAGGACUGCCAUAGGAAAGUCACGUAGACGCUUUUACCUGAGUGUUUAAAAGACAUUUUGGUAAUAGGAUUUGGGGAGGAAAAUGGAUGGCUCUGAGCCACCCGUACAGAGGCCACUCUGCCCGAAGGAAAUAAAGCUUCCCGGAGAGGAGAGAAAACACAGGAGUUUGGGUUUCUCACUGCCUGGUUGCCUGGUGGAGACAUUAAAACAACACAAUGGCCUGGUGAACCUUUUAGUUUGUAUAAAAAGGCUUUACUGAAUGUGGAGAUCCUUAUUUUGGGCUCUUACUGAAUUGCACUAGAUAAGAAUACAACUCCACGUUUUGCAAAGAUCAGUUUUGCCUCAGAGUCAACCAACUCUUCAGAUUGGUUCUGGUGUGUCCUGUGUUUACAAGUCAGUGGAAAUUAAGCACAGCACAUACAACUUGAAAAGUCAAAUAAGGAAAUGAAUUACUUCCCUUGACGGCUCUAAUUUUACUUGGCUAAAGCCCAUUUUUAGGUUGGUGUGGGCAGAAAAGUGAAAAGAGAAUGUUCCACUUUAACCGAUGUCAGCAUCUGAAAAAGAUAACACAGAAAUGUUUUUCUAGUAUACAUGUUAAAACGGAUAAACACGCACAGCAAUUUCUUUCAAGAACCUUUGCACUUGCGGAAUUAAGGAAGUCAUGGUAUUCCACCCACUCUCUUGUUGGAGACAAAAAUAUUAUCCUGAUGGGACCUCCUGGUGCUGGGAAAACAACAGUAGGCAGAAUAAUAGGUCAGAAACUAGGUUGUUGUGUCAUAGAUGUAGAUGAUGAUAUCCUUGAAAAAACCUGGAAUAUGAGUGUGUCUGAAAAAUUACAGGAUGUUGGUAAUGAGCAAUUUUUAGAAGAGGAAGGAAAAGCUGUGUUAAACUUCUCUGCAUCUGGAAGUGUGAUUUCCCUUACUGGGUCCAAUCCAAUGCAUGAUGCUAGCAUGUGGCAUCUGAAGAAAAAUGGAGUAAUUGUAUACCUGGAUGUACCUCUACUAGAUCUAAUUCAUCGUCUGAAAUUAAUGAAGAUAGAUAGGAUUGUAGGUCGGAAUUCUGGAACAUCUAUGAAAGACUUACUUAAAUUUAGAAGACAGUAUUAUAAGAAGUGGUAUGAUGCUCGUGUUUUCUGUGAAAGUGGGGCUUCCCCAGAGGAGGUAGCUGACAAAGUGCUGAAUGCAAUUAAAAGAUACCAAGAUGUGGACUCGGAAACAUUCAUUUCAACAAGACACGUUUGGCCUAAAGACUGUGAACAGAAGGUUUCAGCAAAAUUUUUUAGUGAAGCUGUAAUUGAGGGGUUGGCUUCUGAUGGUGGACUCUUUGUUCCUGCGAAGGAGUUUCCAAAAUUAAGCUGUGGGGAGUGGAAAAGCCUAGUAGGAGCAACCUACAUAGAAAGAGCACAGAUACUGUUGGAAAGAUGUAUCCAUCCUGCAGACAUACCUGCUGCCAGGUUGGGAGAAAUGAUUGAAACUGCUUAUGGGGAAAACUUUGCCUGCUCAAAAAUUGCUCCUGUCAGGCACCUUUCAGGCAACCAGUUCAUCCUGGAGUUAUUUCAUGGACCAACAGGAUCAUUUAAAGAUUUGUCUUUACAGCUUAUGCCUCAUAUUUUUGCACACUGUAUCCCACCAAGUUGCAAUUACAUGAUACUUGUAGCUACUUCAGGAGACACAGGGAGUGCAGUCUUAAAUGGUUUUAGUCGUCUUAAUAAGAAUGAUAAGCAAAGGAUAGCUGUGGUCACAUUUUUUCCUGAGAAUGGAGUAAGUGAUUUUCAAAAAGCACAAAUAAUUGGCAGUCAGAGAGAAAAUGGAUGGGCAGUGGGUGUUGAGUCAGAUUUUGAUUUUUGCCAGACAGCUAUAAAAAGAAUUUUUAACGAUUCUGAUUUUACUGGCUUUCUUACUGUGGAAUAUGGAACAAUUUUAAGUUCGGCUAAUUCCAUAAACUGGGGCCGACUACUUCCGCAGGUAGUUUAUCAUGCUUCCGCAUAUCUCGAUCUUGUUAGUCAAGGAUUUAUUUCUUUUGGAAGCCCAGUCGAUGUCUGUAUUCCCACAGGAAACUUUGGUAACAUAUUAGCAGCAGUGUAUGCCAAAAUGAUGGGAAUCCCAAUUCGAAAAUUUAUCUGUGCCUCUAAUCAGAACCGUGUUUUGACUGAUUUUAUAAAAACAGGACAUUAUGAUCUAAGGGAAAGAAAAUUAGCACAGACUUUUUCACCGUCGAUAGAUAUUCUCAAAUCUUCAAACCUAGAACGACAUUUACACUUGAUGGCUAAUAAAGAUGGACAACUAAUGACAGAAUUAUUUAAUCAAUUAGAAAGUCAGCAUCACUUCCAGAUAGAAAAGGUUCUAGUUGAGAAACUUCAGCAGGAUUUUGUAGCUGACUGGUGCUCUGAGGGAGAGUGCCUAGCAGCUAUUAACUCCACCUAUAAUACUUCAGGGUAUAUUUUGGAUCCACACACUGCUGUUGCAAAAGUGGUUGCAGAUAGGGUGCAAGACAAAACUUGCCCUGUGAUUGUCUCAUCUACAGCCCAUUACUCAAAGUUUGCACCUGCUAUCAUGCAGGCUUUAAAGAUUAAAGAAAUCAAUGAGACUUCAUCAAGUCAGCUGUAUUUACUGGGUUCAUACAAUGCAUUACCUCCACUGCAUGAGGCUUUAUUAGAGAGAACAAAACAGCAAGAGAAGAUGGAGUACCAGGUCUGUGCAGCUGAUAUGAAUGUCUUGAAGAGUCAUGUGGAAAAACUUAUCCAAAAUCAAUUCAUAUGAAAGCUUUCAGAGUAAAAUUUUUUUUCUGGCUAUAAGCAUGCAAUAAUAAAUCUCAAACACUGAUUUGGAGUACAGUA